UAAGAGAUCUAACUCAUCAAUGUGGUCAAAAAAACAGUUUGAUCCAAUCUUCCAUGGUACAAAGCCAGAUCUUAUAAUCAGAACAAAUCUAAAUGAUUAUAUUGAACUGAUGUUUAUUGAGAUCAAGCCGCCAAAUACAAAAGAGGCUUUAAUAAAUGAAGAUUUGGUAUAUCUUGGGAAAACAAUGAAGUCUGCCCUUGAUAAAGCCAUUGAAGAUGGGCUUGAAGAUAUUGUUAUCUGUGGCAUACAAGUAGCUGGGUUUCUGAGCAGAUGUUACAUCAUGGAUUUGUGUUAUGAAGGCAUAUAUCGAAUGAUAUUAAUAGGAGAAUUUCAUAUUCCCAAUGGUGAACUAGUUGACAAAGGGGUUAAGUCAUAUCAAUCAAUUGUUAGAAAGACGAUUACACCUACCAAAUCAUUGAAAACGCAAAUGACAAAAGCUGCAUUCCUCAGUCCCAUAAAAGUACCAAUGCAACAAUAUGAUUUAAGUGGAAGUAGAAAUGAAAAGCCACAUAAAAGGAUCAAUACAACAAGUGGAAGUAGAAAGUGA